AUGUGUUUAUUUCAGCAUCUUAACUGGUGAUGAUGAAGAUGAAGAAAUAUACACUACUGAAGAUUGUGAGUUUGCUGCCAAGAAAAGGAAGAAAGAUCAUUUUAGGAUUAACACAGAUUCACAGUGUUUUUAUCGUGAAAAGUGGAUUUAUGUUCAUAAAGAGAGCACCAGGGAAAGACAUGGCUAUUGCACUUUGGGAGAAGCUUUUAACCGCUUAGACUUUUCAAGUGCAAUUCAGGAUAUCAGAAGAUUCAAUUACGUGGUCAAACUUCUGCAGUUAAUUGCAAAAUCCCAGUUAACUUCACUGAGUGGUGCAGCACAGAAGAACUACUUUAACAUUUUGGACAAAAUUGUGCGUAAAGUCAUGGAAGACCAAUAUAACCCACGAUUAAUCAAAGAUCUUCUCCAGGAUCUGAGUUCUACUCUCUGUAUACUGAUAAGGGGAGUAGGAAAAUCUGUGUUGGUAGGGAACAUCAAUAUUUGGAUUUGCCGAUUAGAAACUAUCCUUCUGUGGCAACAACAACUAAAAAACCUUCAGAUGAACAAGCAAGUCAACAAUGGUCUUACGCUGAGUGAUCUCCCUCUGCAUAUGCUGAACAACAUCUUAUACAGGUUUUCUGAUGGCUGGGACAUUAUUACGCUGGGUCAAGUGACCCCAACUUUGUAUAUGCUCAGUGAAGACAGACAGUUGUGGAAAAAACUCUGCCAGUACCAUUUUGCAGAAAAGCAGUUUUGUAGGCAUUUGAUUCUAUCAGAGAAAGGUCACAUUGACUGGAAGCUGAUGUACUUUGCACUUCAGAAAUACUACCCAAUAAAGGAACAGUACGGGGACACGUUGCAUUUCUGUCGGCACUGUAGUAUUCUGUUUUGGAAG